AUGAACAAAUAUGCUGGUGGUACAACUCCUUGGGGUCACCCAAAUGUGAUUGGAUUUGAGACACCCAGGCAUGAUGAUGGAUCACUCGAAGUCAUUGGAUUCACAUAUACAUCAUUGGCAACACUUCAAGUUGGUGGUCAUGGUGAACGGUUAGUACAAUGCCAAGAAGUGAAACUCGUCAGUCAUAAAACAUUACCUAUGCAAGUUGAUGGCGAGCCAUGCAAGUUACGGCCCUCCACAAUCAUCAUUAGUCUUAAGAAUCGGGCUAACAUGAUCCAGAAAUGCAAAAGGAGAGGUUCUGUGCCUAUCAUUGAUCCUCCUUCUGUGAGACAACUGGGUAUCCAUGUGAAUCGAAUUAGCAUGCCAGAUUAUGAAGCUCUUCAUUACGAAAAGGAAAAACUAAGAGAAGCUUCAAGAACUUCUCUUUUUUCUUUUCCUUUUCCCUCUUCUUUUCUUUUCUUUUUUCUUUUUCUUUCUCCUUUCCAUUCUCUUCUUUCUCUUUUUCCAUUCUCUUCUUUUUCCUUUCCAUUCUCUUCUUUUUCCUUUCCUUUCUCUUCUUUCUCUUUUCCUUUCUCUUCUUUCUUUCUCUUCAUAUUUUUUUCCUUUCUCUUUUCCUUCUCCUUCUCCAUUCUCUUCCUCUUUCUCUUUUUCCUUUCUCUGCUUUCUUUCUUUCUUUUCCUUUCCUUUUCCCCUUCUGUUCUUUCUCUUUUUCUUUCCUCUUCUUUCUCUGUCUCUUAUCCUUUCCUUUUUAUUUCUCUUUCACUUCUUUCUCUUUCUCUUUUUUCUUCUUCUCUUCCUUUCCUUUUUUCCUUCUUUUCUUCCUCUGUUUUUUCCUUUCUCUUCUGCUUUCUUUUCUCCUUUCUCUUCUUUUUCUUUUUUGCUUUCUCUUACUCUUUUCUUUAUCUUAUUUUUUAA